CGGGAGCUCGGGCGAGACCCGCGGACCUCCCAGUCUCGGCUCUGCCGCUCCACCCGCGUCCUCCGCUUUGGAUAACUUGCUGUUAACCCCCCGCCGCCGACUGCAUCAUGACUCUGGAGGAAGUCCGUGGUCAAGACGCGGUCCCCGAAAGCACAGCCAGGAUGCAGGGAGCCGGGAAAGCGCUGCAGGAGCUGCUGUUGUCGGCGCAGCGCCAGGGCUGCCUCACCGCCGGCGUCUACGAGUCCGCCAAAGUCCUCAACGUGGACCCUGACAACGUGACCUUCUGCGUGCUGGCGGCCGACGAGGAGGAUGAGGGCGACAUCGCGCUGCAGAUCCAUUUCACGCUGAUCCAGGCCUUCUGCUGCGAGAACGACAUCGACAUCGUGCGCGUGGGAGACGUGCAGCGCCUGGCGGCGAUCGUGGGCGCGGGCGACGAGGCUGGCGCGCCGGGGGACCUGCACUGCAUCCUCAUCUCGAACCCAAAUGAGGACGCGUGGAAGGACCCCGCUUUGGAGAAGCUCAGUCUGUUCUGUGAGGAGAGCCGCAGCGUCAACGACUGGGUCCCCAGCAUCACCCUCCCGGAGUGACAGGCGCCGCGGGUCCUUGGUCUGAUCGUCGUGGUGACGCCCCGGGGCACCUAGCGCGCCUGGCUCUGUGGAUGCGCCCUAGGAGGGGCCCGAGUUCGCCGUGGAAACUGGCAGGCGUGGGGCGCGAAGGUGCGGCCCCCGAGGAGGGGGCCUGGCGGUGGCUGGGGCAGGCGGGGGCCCCCAGCCGAGGACUCUUACAAGUGUCGGGGAGCGGCUGCUCUCCCAGGAAGGCCGGAGGCGGGACGUUGCCGCGGGGGCCGGGAAGGACUGACUGACUGGCCUGCUGGGCAGGGGUGACUCAGCAGCCUGUGCUCCUGGCAGGAAGGAGGGGAAAGGCGAGGCGAGGCAACCUGGACUUGGUAUGGUUCCUGAAGCUCUGAUGGACUUAUUAUUGAUUCUGCAAUGCUGUGCUGUUUCAAAAACGGAUCUGGGCGAUGCUUGGUUGACUGGAGGAUGAUAACUGCUGAAGCUUUGAAUUGCACAAUAAACUUACUGAAACCAA